AUGGACGUCGACUGGUGCUUGUCCUGCAGCUGCAGAAUCGAUCCCCUCACCGCGAAGGGCCCAUACUGCUCUGCAGAGUGCCUUUCCUUUGCUGAGCCAUCUUCAUCCUCUCGCAUCAUGGCAACGCCUCCCGCUGCCUCUGCUGCCUGUCGCAUCCGCGAGUGGCUGCAAACCAUCCCUCCUCAUGAUCCUGCAGGUGCUCCUGCCCACCCCUCGCAGGAUGGCACCUCGACAUCCCUCAUCAGCGUUCGCUCGCCCAAACCACUCCCUCAACACCAACCCGAACUCAUUAAACGCAUGGCAGGCGCAACUCCACGCCCCACCCUCUCGGUGUCCUCUCCAACUCAAGUCCGUGCAUUUCACACCCCCGCCAGCUCUCGCACAUACUCUCAGGCAAAGUCUACCACCCCUAGCGAAGCCAGCACUUCGCUCACUUCCCUUCUCUCUGAGCCCAUGGUUGUCACUCCUGCCGAGGAGUGCCGUUUCGGUACUGGUAUCAGUGCUUUCGUUCCCCCUUGGGCCCAUCGCGACCGCACCCGAUCAACUGCCCCACGCGAAGGCGCUGUGAAGAACAGUUAUUAUUAUUCCCUCCCUCCCCUUGAGAAGGGCACCUCUUCGUCUGAAUUUAAGCCGAAAAAAACCCCUUCCCCACGCCCCGCAGUCUUCGUGAACCGCAAACCUCCCGCAAAAAAGCCUACACGCGUUGGUGGCUGGACUUCUACCCCAACCGAGACCCACACGCCAACCCCCGUCAUAUUCCCCUCCUGUCGCUCGUUCGACGUCGAUUGGGACGAAGACGGUGACAUCUUCAUUGCACCCGACUCACAAUACCACCCGGCCUACCGGACGAAGCACGAGGCGUCUUAUGUAGAAGAAGAGAUCGUUUACUGCGCUCGCUCGCCCUCACCUGCCGGUUCAACGUCGAGCACGGGUUCAUCUGUCCUCUUUAUGGCUCCCAAGCGACGGGGUGGUAUCCGUGGUCGCGUUACUGCUCCCCGCGCAUGA